AAAAGGAAACCCUAGAACACAAGAACUUCACUGAAAAGUGGAAGCCGGGAAAAUUCCGAUGGCGACAGAUCGGAAGAGGCAGAGACCGAACAUAUUGAUCACCGGAACUCCGGGCACCGGCAAGACAACAACCUCAUCUGCUUUAGCAGACACCGCUCAACUCCGUCAUGUCUCCAUCGGAGACCUUGUGAAGGAGAAAAGUUUGCACGAUGGCUGGGACGACGAACUCCAAUGCUAUGUCAUCAACGAAGAUCUGGUCUGCGAUGAGUUGGAGGAUUUGAUGGAAGAAGGUGGAAUCAUUGUGGACUAUCACGGUUGUGAUUUUUUCCCUGAGCGGUGGUUUGAUCGCGUGGUUGUUCUCCAAACUGAGAACUCCAUCUUAUAUGACCGCUUGACGAAGAGGGGAUACGAGGGAGCUAAGCUUUCAAACAAUAUUGAAUGUGAAAUCUUUCAGAUAUUACUGGAGGAAGCGAAAGAAAAUUAUCAGGAGAACAUAGUGGUGGCUCUAAGGAGUGACACUGUAGAAGAUGUAGCUAGAAGUGUUGAAACUUUGGCGAACUGGGUCAAGAAUUGGCAACCUGUAAGCUAAGCAGAUAAGAAAACAAAGAUGAGAUUAUUUUUGCACCCGUUUUCUUGAUUCUAAUUUUAUGUGAAGUAAAAGAAAGCUGUCUUUGCUGCUUGAUGGAAUUGGUUUUUAGCCUCAUCUUUAUUAGUUGUAUAUCUCCCAAUUCUCCAUUGUUGGAGUAUUAGAAAGCUACACCCUUUUUAUCAGGUUUUACCCAGUUUGUAUCAAUGUUUAUCAUUGAAACUCAAUGGAUAUUAUCGAAGAAUUUUGAGGACUACGAUUGAAAAUCUUUUGAAUCUCUUGAUCUGGGUGCUUCAUGAUUCCAUUGCAGAAUGCAGAAAAUUCUCAAGGAUUCAGGACGCAAGUAGGGGCCCUUUGAAGAUGGGUAUAAAGUCAUAAACUCUUGAGAUCUUUGUAUGAAUAGGCUGUUUGAUGUGGGUAUGUUUGUUUUGCAUAAAUGAAGACAUUCUCCUGUGUGCAAUCUGCUUGAACUUGUAAACAGCUGCGUCAUUGCUUGCUAAUUUGUGUGCUUUGAAAGCUUGAAACAUUUUUGUAGAAGAUUAUGUCGUUGUUUGUAUGCUAGUCAAUGUCUCUGGAAUGUUAAGGCA